CCUAUUUAGGUAUAUUGCUAUAGAAACAUGAAUACAAACAAAAGUAAAGAAAAAUGGCACUGGAACAAGAAAAAUUACAACACUUAGCAAAAAUAUUACAAGAAACAGAUCGAGAAAUUGAAAUAUGCGAAAAGUUGAUUAGAAACUAUUAUUCAAGUUUAGAAACAAAAGACCAACAUAACUUUGAAACAAAUGAUAAAAAAUUUAUUGAAAAGAAUAUCCAAUGUCAUGGAAUUCAUAAUAAAGGAACUCAAACUCAUAGAAAGAAAUACCUCCAAAAUCGUGCAACAUCUCCAAUAAAUUUAUUAGAAACGAAAAAUAAAGAAUUGACUGCAUCACAUGAAACUAACGAAAAUACUAAACAUACUAAACGAAAGCUAAUUCAAGAUAUAUUUAAGAAACUUGAAAAUGAUAUAUUUGUAGAAAUCGAAAAAUUCAAGAAAAUUGAGAAAACAAUUUAUGAUAACCGCAACUAUUGA